AAACGCCAGUCAAGUUCUUCCAUCAGGGCCACGCUAAGGAAAAUCUCAAGGUCUCACGGCACAGAGGAACAGGUCCGGUCUACCGCAGCUAUCACACCGAAGCCCAGGACCUCUCAAACCGCCGAGCUUCUCAACAAGACAGCCAAGAUUGCACCAGGCCCCUUUGCAACCAUUCAAACACAGGCCGCACGCAUGAUCCCCCAUCCUAGAGGCUCCGAAAGAACUGCAUGGAGCAAAGCACCCCAAAGUCCAUCCAUCAACCAGGACACACCUUCCACCCAACGCGCACGCUAUACAAACUCCCUCAGCAGAGCUUCUGGCGAGUCGUACAAAAAGACAGCUGCCGCCAUGCCCGUGCUAAGCCAGGCGCGCGUCCACGCCCACGACAUUACCAACCCCAAAUUGGGCGGUGCACGAAACUAUCAUCAGCACCAUGCCAGCAAGAGCAUGAGCUGGGGUCAGCGCGCGGCGGCAGCGGCCCUGGAUAUUGGGCGGCGGUUCAAGGCGCGCCAAGCGAGUUCUUCGUCU